UCAUCAGGAACAUAAGGAAGUUCAGAAUUAUUUUGGUGUUCUUAUCAUGCGUUUGAGACCUAAAACUAUUCUAGUGAUCCUCAUUUGUCUGUUUACCACAACAACUUUGAUGUUUCAUUGGGAGCUCAGUGCUUCACAAUUUAAAGAAAGUUCGCAACAAAAUUCGCUUGGUGGUAACAGUUCAAAUUGGGUUCAAUCAACUGCCAAAAACACAACUGCGGUCUUGCAUACAGCAUCUAUACAAAGUCUUGAAAAAGAGGACWAUAUCAACUCGUCUUUAACUAAAGAAACAACUGGGAUUUCCAAUGGAGGUUCUUCAAAACUGAAUCCCACAAAAGAUACCGGUAUCUCCUGGGCAUUUAUCAAUGAAACAACUAAGCCUUCGAAUACAGGGACUUUCCAAAGUAUUAUAAAAGAUACCUAUGUCUACUCGGCAUUUAUCGAUGAAACGGCACAAAAAAUUCGUUUGGUCGUAUUGAGUGGUAAACAUCAYCAACCGAAAAUAAUUUGCCAUUACUGCCAUGAUGAAUUAACUUGUCAUUGCCCUUCGCAAUCAGCUGAGUAUUACACGCACAACGAGAACCAUGGUGCACUAUUUGGUGGCUUCAUGGUUUCAUGUCAGCUACCAUCAUGCUUCACSUCACGCUMUUUUAUAAGCUUAUCUGUAGAUGACGAGACGAAACAACUAAGAGUACCUUUAGUCUCGAUGUCUCUAGUUCAUGAUAAACAUGAUGAAUACGCAAUCUGUACUCCUCCACUUAGAGGGCAAGGGAGAGAGUUUCUUUACCAAAUCGCCGAGUUUAUUGAAMUGAGCUUGAUAAUAGGUUUCAAUCAUGUAACUUUUUACGACUAUCAAAUCGACAAUACAGUUAAAAAGUUGCUAUUGUAUUAUCAACAAAAGGGGGUAGUUAGCAUCAAGACGUGGAACUUACCAGGUCACAUGUCGAAGGAUGACCAAUUAUGGUAUCAUGGUCAAGUACUUGCUAUACAAGAUUGCUUGUUCAGAGGUAGAGCAACAUCAAACUUCAUAGCAUUCAAUGACAUCGACGAGUUUUUCGUGCCGAUAAAACGCCGCACCAUCCCCUCCCUUCUAGGCAAAAUUCACACAUCAGAGCAUUCUGGGCACUGCUUUGAUAGCGUUAUUUUCAGUCUAAACGCUCGCUUUCCUGGCGCUCGGAAGUCAAAGCUCAGAACAAUACGUGUGGAUCGCAGAACUCGAGAAACACUGCCGUCCUGGUCCAAGUGCAUUGUGGAUCCCCGGCGAGUGUUUGAGAUGGGAAUACAUCACGUGAGUAAAGCAACCGAUCAAAAACUAAUGUUAAAUAAAGUGAACCCGAGUCAAGGAUUGYUAUUUCACUACAGAACGUGUUCGUCGGCGUUUGGYAUUGGUAAAGUUUGUGGUGAUUUAGUAACUGAUACAACUAUGCAAAGGUUUACACGUAAACUAAAGGAGAAAGUCGAGAGGGCCAUACAACACGCAAUAUAAUAAACUAAUUGUUUAAUCUAUAAAUKUUAU